GUGUGUGAGAGAGAGGGAGGGAGAGAGAGAGAGAGAGAGGGAUAGAAAUAAGAGAGAAGGGAGGAGAGAGAGAGAGAGGAGGGAAAAGGAAGGGUGAAAUAGCACCAGGGGGGAGAGAGAAGUGGAGGAAUAGCGGAGGAAUAGCGGAGGAAUAGCGGAGGAAUAGCGGAGGAAUAGCGGAUGAGAGCCAGAAGCGAGGGCUGACUCUUUGGGAGAGGUGUCAGCUUCCCGGAGGAGAGCCAGAGCUGACAGGAGGAGGACACUAGCACAGCACACUGGGAAUGGCAGCAGCACUUUCGCGUGAAGCCUAGGCACGCACCACUCCACAACAACAACAACAACAACACCACCACCAACAACAACAACAACAACAACAACAACAACACAAGGAAGAAAGGAAGGAAGAGGAGGAGGAGAGAGAAAGAAAGAAAGGGAUCAAGAGAGAGUGAGAGAGAGAGAGAGAGAGAGAGAAAGGAGAGAGCACAGAGGAGAUGCCUGCACUGCUGACACACGUGGAGAUGGAGUGAGCAUGCGUACUCGAGCCUACCUUUCUCAUAGGACCCGGGAGACACAAGAGUGUGUGUUUGUGUGUGUGUGAGUGUGUGUGUGUUGGACUCUCGGGCGUGGGAAGAAUCAGGUGGCACACUGCGUCGAGUGGGGUGUACGCAGGAAGAUUCACUUCGGAGGAGAGACACCUCACGUAUCAAACACGGACACACAUGCGCGUACACACUCACGUACAAAUUCACGGACACGUACUGAGACAGACUUUCUCUGAGGCGACGACCAAUGCAGCUCAAAGCUCCAGGCUCUGGGGAGGAUUCAAAGAUGGACCCUGUGCAGAAGGCUGUGAUUAACCACACCUUUGGAGUUCCAUUGGUCAAGACCAAGAGGCCCAUAAUCUCCUGCAACGUCUGCCAGAUUCGCUUUAACUCUGAGAGUCAAGCAGAGGCUCACUACAAGGGGAACCGCCAUGCCAGACGGGUCAAAGGCAUCGAGACCUCCAAGAGUCGCCCACAGGAGAGCGACAAGCCUCCCCCUGGGCCCACCUCCUCCCCAUCACCCCCGGGCCCAGCGGCCUCCACGCCCGAGUCUGACCCCGGCAAAGCAGAUGAGCCGCUGCGGGCCGUGGCCCAGUUGAACGGGCCCCACCUGGCGCCGGGCCCCAGCCCGCUCUCCGCGCCCCCGACCCCGGACUCCCCCGGCCCCUCCGUGUGCCCGCUGCUGCCGCCCCCUGCACCCUCCUGCUCCGCCACCACCACCGCCGUGCAGCCGCCCGCCUCCUCCACCUCCCCUGGCUGUGGCUCCGUGGUGUCCGGCAACCCCGAGCAGGUCGCCGGUGCCCCUGGGGCCCCCGCUGGAGCCCCCGCCGCGGCAUCCGGCAACCCCGAGACCGAAGAGGACAAAGCCAAGAAGCUGCUCUACUGCUCACUGUGCAAAGUGGCCGUCAACUCCCUCUCACAGCUCGAGGCCCACAAUAAAGGCACCAAACACAAAACCAUUCUGGAGGCGCGGAGUGGGCUAGGCCCCAUCAAGGCGUACCCCCGUCUGGGCCCCAAGCCCAUCGGCGAGCAGGGCAGCGGCCCCACUGACCCCAACACUCAGGAACGCACCUUCCACUGUGAGAUCUGCAACGUGCGGGUCAACUCUGAACUGCAGCUCAAACAGCACAUAUCAAGUCGACGACACCGGGAUGGAGUCGCUGGGAAGCCCAACCCUCUCCUCAGCAGGCACAAGAAGCACAGGGGAGCUGACCUCACGGUAUGCCAACCCAUAGCCCCCAUCUCAGCGGGACUGCUCCAAAAUCUAUGGAGAAAGCAGAACUGGACAGAAGGCAGUAGUUUAUAUUCCUCCCUGUCCUUCUCUCAGGAUCUCACCAAAGCUCUGGGCGCCGGCCUGCUGCCCAGUCCGCUGGCGGUGGCGGCGGCGAUGGCGGCGGCGGCCUCCAACAACCCGCUGGCCCUGCGGGCGGCGACGGCGGCGGCACCCCACCCCCACGCGCACCACCUGCUCCAGGGCCCGCCGCUGAGCCACGCCAUCCUGCGGCCCGCGCCCGGCCCCAUCCGCACCACCCACGGCCCCAUCCUCUUCUCCCCGUACUGACACCACCCUCUCUCUGUGCCGCCUCCAGCCCACCCCGAGUUCACCCACCCGCCCAGACCGACACCACCCACCAGCCUUCCCGUCCAACACCACCCGACCUGACCCCACCCCUGGAACCCAAACAACAAACAACAAACAACACACAACGAGGCCAGUCAGUAGCAGCAACACCCCCCCCCCAAAAAAAAAAAAACAUAAAAUAAAAACAAACCAACAAACAAACAAACAAAAAAAACAAACACGACUUAUAAAAGCACACUGUGAAGAGGAGAUCAAAUCAACCAAUCAGCGCAAUCAGUCUGCCUAUGAACGUAGACGAGGACUGCGUUUUGGAGACUGCACCGAGCCAAUCAGCAACUGACAUCUGACGAGACCAGAGAGAGUGAGAGAGUGAGACAAAGAGAGAGAGAGAGAGAGAGAGAGAGAGAGUGAGUGAUGGAGACGGAGGAGAGAUCAUCUGAAAUGAGGAUUGUCGUCCCCCUCUCUCCCCACGGGCGCCGGGCUCCACUGCACGCUCAGCCAGCUGACAGGGUGAUUGGCAGGAGGAGGAAGAGGAAGAGGAGGAGGAGGAGGAGGAGAGGGGAGAGUGCCGCAAUGGAGGAAGGGAGUGCCCACCGCAGGAGUCAUCACAGCUUGCCUUCCCUCUCCCUAACCCCUGCACACACACACACACACACCUCCUUAUUCUCCUUAUACACACACACACAAACACACACACACACACACACACACGCACACACACACACAGACAUUAUACACACACUGUGAGAUGGUAGCAGCUCAUGUUGGAUCCCUGAGAUGCAGGUAUCUGUGGAGACCAUGAGACGUGCUUCUUCCUGGAGACGCUAAACCCGCACACAGACGUUGCAGACACGCAGCGGUUUUUGACGCCGACCACGCGGAACUGUCCGUGUCAUGGCGCCGCCCCUUAUCGCAGGGGCCCCAAUCGUUGUCCUCCUCUGCCCUAUGCACCUCAGAAAAAUACAAGAGGAAACAAACAAACAAAAAAAUAAAUAAACAAAGAGGAAAAAAAAACAAACAAAAAAAAAUCAACUGUUCUGAAUUCAAACACGUCAUGUCCGUAGGGUUUAGCUGCUUUAAGUGGUCUCUUUAGCUGUGAUCGACUCGUGCCCAUGUAUAGCUUUGGCCUCCGCGGGGACGUGGGAUCCUCGCGUGUCUUCCUUGGGUCUCUGCCGGUGGAGGGGACAGAGAGGAGGGAGGGGGGGGCCGCCCUCAUAGAAACAACCCAGUCAGACCUCAUCAACCACUCCAGCCCCUGACAAGGUGUGA